AUGUUGUGUGUAAACAGGGGAAAAACAGCAAAAGCAGACAAUUCUCAAAAUGCGGACAGCGGACAAAUUGCGGAAAAAACUCCAAAAUGCGGACCAUCUGGGAAUAGACGGUCCGUAACGGAUAUCCGUUUUGGUCGACCUGGCUUGUCUAGUGAGCAUCACAAUUCUAUGACUAAAGCAAUGGGUGUAGUUCAAGACAAAUUUUCACGUGAUUCAGAUUACCAACGAGGGCUAAAUGAAGUUGAACUGGAAAAGUUGAAGAAACUUGCUGAGUUGGAAGCGCAGAAAAAUGAGCACACGAAUGAAUUAGAUCGCCAAAAACUUGAAAUGGAAAAGAACAAGGCCAAGGCUGAAAUUGAGGCUGAAUUGUUUCAAACAAGAUUGAGAACUCAAUCAUCUCUAUUUGAAAAAUUCGUUGACUAUAUGCGAGCCACACUUGAUACAAAUACUGCUUUGAUUCAGCAACAAGGGCAAUUGUAUGCUUUAAUUGAGAAAACUAGUGAUCCUAGCAAAUCAAGUUAUUUUACGGUCAAAGCGGAUAAAAUCGAAAUCAUGCAGCCUAGCAAGUUAAUGGCUAUUGGUCUUGAAAAAGUUAAGGAAUUAAAUUUAAAAAGUUCCGAAGAAAUAAAAUACUUGGAAUCCAGAUUAGAAGAUGUUCUUGGAAUUAUGGGUCGUAAUAAUCGUCAAUUACUGCUUCAUGACAGUUGA